UUGACUAAUGAAUCGAUCAUACUAAGUUGGGUUAGGGGAUAUUCAAUUCCAUUUGAUAUAUGUAUACCUGUACAAAAUAAUUUUUCCUUAAAUAAUAAUUUUUCAGUAAGUGAAUUAAAUCAAUUAAAAAUAGAAAUUAAUAAGUUGUUGUCAAUACAGGCUAUAGAGACUUGUGAACCAGUGCAUAACCAAUUUUGUUCUCCAAUAUUUUUAGUUAAAAAGCCAAAUGGUGAUUUUAGAUUUAUUUUAAAUCUAAAAGAACUAAAUAAAUUUAUUAAAAUGGACGAUUUCAAAUUAGAGGACUAUCGUACAGUAACAAAAUUAAUUAACAAAGAUGAUUAUUUGGCAACAAUUGAUAUUAAAGAUGCAUAUUACAUGAUAAGUAUUAGGUUAGAUCAUAGGAAGUACCUACGUUUUUAUUUUAAUGACAAACUUUAUCAGUUUAAUGUACUCCCCUUCGGUCUUUGUACAGCACCUUAUGUUUUUACAAAGAUUUUAAAACCAAUAAACGCCAAGUUAAGAGAGAAUGGGUUACGUCUGGUUCAAUAUUUAGAUGACUAUAUUCUCAUUUGUAGCAAUUACAAUGAAUGUGUUGAAAAGAUUCAGUUAACUCUAAAACUAUUUACUAAUUUAGGAUUUAUAGUCAAUAUUAAUAAGUGUAGUCUCACCCCUUCACACCAGUGCAAAUUUUUAGGUCUAGUUUUCAAUACAGAGAACAUGACUAUUUCUAUUACAAGGGAAAAGAGAGAAAAUUGCCUUUACUUGAUCAAUAAAUUAAAUAAGAAACAAUUAUUUUCUAUAAGAUUUUUAGCUCGGGUGCUAGGAACACUUGUAUCUGUUUGUCCAGCAAUUAAAUAUGGUAUGUUAUAUACAAAAAUGCUUGAACGACAUAAAUACUUAUCACUUUUAAAAUAUAAUGAUAAUUAUGAGGCACUGAUUUCACUACCUAAUCAUUGCAAACAGGAUCUAAGGUGGUGGGCUGAAAAAGUUAAAUAUUCUACAAGCCCAAUAAGGAAGGGUAAUUUUGUUUUAGAAAUACAUACUGAUGCUUCCAACACUGGUUGGGGUGCGUCAUGUGCUGGACAAACCGCUAGUGGACCUUGGACAGAACAAGAAUCAGAACUACAUAUUAACACUUUAGAAUUAAAAGCUGCCUUCUUCGGGCUAAAGAGUUUCACAAAGGGUCUAAAAAAUAUUGAAAUAUUAUUACGAAUAGAUAAUACUACUGCAAUAGCUUAUAUAAACAGGCUAGGUGGUAUACAAUACCCUCACUUGUAUGACAUUGCUAGGCAAAUUUGGCAAUGGUGUGAAGAUGGUAACCUCUGGAUUUUUGCAUCUUAUAUUAACACUAAAGAUAAUGUCACUGCUGAUUUUCUAUCAAGAAAGAAUAUUGAACACACUGAGUGGGAGCUGGGGCAGAGAUAUUAUAGAAAAAUAGUGCAGGCCUUUGGUACACCUGACAUAGACUUGUUUGCCUCCCGAACUAAUGCUAAAUGCAAAAAGUAUGUAUCAUGGCACCCAGACCCUGAUGCAAUCAAUGUGGAUGCCUUUACAUUGUGUUGGUCUCAAUUUUUCUUCUAUGCUUUUCCACCAUUUUCACUAGUCUUAAAAACAUUAGAAAAAAUAAUUUUAGAUAAGGCAGAAGGAAUAGUUAUUGUACCUUACUGGACAACGCAGCCCUGGUUCCCAGUGUUUAAAAAAUUGUUGGUAAAUGAUUCUAUUGUUUUCCAACCCAGUAAAAAAUUACUUACCCUAUGUAAUUACAGGUCACUGCACCCACUUUACAAGAACCUAUCCUUGAUGGCAGGUCUGCUCUCCGCCAGAAAUUUUUAA